UCUCUUCUGGAAACAUUUCGCAUUCCAGUUUUUCCUCAAUUAUGUUCACUUUCGCUGCCUUUUGCUAUAUGCUUUCCCUAGUCCUAUGUGCUUCUUUGAUCUUCUUCGCUAUCUGGCAUAUAACAGCCUUUGAUGAGCUACAGGCAGACUUCAAGGUGCCGAUCGAUCAGGGCAAUCCACUUCAUGCGCGUGAAAGGCUUCGAAACAUUGAGAGGAUCUGCUGCCUUCUAAGAAAGUUGGUGCUUCCAGAGUACUCCAUCCAUGGACUCUUCUGUAUUAUGUUCCUGUGCGCUCAGGAGUGGCUUACAGUGGGCCUAAAUAUCCCUCUGCUGUUCUACAACACAUGGAGGUACUUCCACAGCCCCACUGACACUAAGGAGCUUCUCUACGACCCAGCAUCCGUCAUGAAUGGAGAAACGCUGAAAUUUUGCCAAAAAGAAGCCUGGUGCAAGAUGUCCUUCUUUGUCCUCUCAUUCUUCUACUAUCUCUACUGCAUCUAUUGGAACUCACCCCCUCUUUAAGGAGUGAUGGUAUAUGAUCUACUCCUUGGUGACCUCUUAAUGGAGUUGUCAAUCUCGAAGAAGUCCUCUGAUAAUAAGACACUUUUUUCAGCUGAACUAAGUUCGGAUGUAACAAGAGCAACAGUCCAAUUUAUAUUUGUCACCUGGAGAAACUCUGCAGUGUCUGGACUGAACAGACUUGACCCUAACUUCCUAGAAUACAAGAAGAACCAUGUGUUGUUUACAGUUCUGACUCAAUGCCCUAGAUGUCUCACAGACCAGUGUGGCACGGUUUUCACAAGCUCACAGUAACGUUUGCACAGAUUGUCUCAGGCAUAGCACAACAUGUCCUUUACCACUUUGAGGCACAAAACCUGCCAAACUUUACUAUCACUAAAUGUAGCUUAAAAUGUAUGUUGGGUUAAAAAAAGAAAGUAAAUGAUGACUAACUUGAAAAGCGAAUGUUGUAUUUUUACUAGGUUUGAUUACAUGUGUGAAAAGCUUUGGUGAAAUAUAUUUUGUGUAUUUGUGCACUCCUAACAUACAUAUUUUUAAUAUGAAGUAUGUAUCUGUUGCAUUACUUGUGUACAUAUAGUAAUUUGUGUAAUGCUCC